UGGGAACGCUCCGAGUGUCUACUCCGAGGCCUGGGGCUUCGGUUUUGGUCAAGCAGGGCUGCGGCCAUCGUUUAUUUAGACGGUGUAUUUGGGCCGGUCCCCAUCCCUCUCCAGAGGCUCCCAGCCGAUGCCGCCGGGAUCCAGCUCCGCGAGAACCGUUUGUACGUCUGAAUCCGGAGCAUCAGAUGUACAAACUCUGGCGGCCCUUGGUGCGUACGGGGAGCCCAAACCUGCCCUGCUCCUGGGACACCAUGAAGCAUUUUUCUCUCUAGGGAAAGAGGGCUCUUAACUGUUUAUCAUUUUCCCCAGGGACCUGUAAUCAGCAACGGAGGACCAGGGUGGCAAAGACUCAUGCCCCCAUUUUACAGCUCAGCCUUCUCAACACUCCACGCUUCCCCCAAAAAGGAGCACAGAGGAGGAAGGAAUGGUCACUAUUUCCCUCACAGUCUGAUCCCAGAUUUCUUCUUCCUGGAAAGCCUGAUCUUCGACCAGAUGGCAGUAACAUUUGAAGAUGUGACUGUUAAUUUUACUUGGGAGGAGUGGAAAUUCUUGGAUUCUUCUCAAAAAAAGCUCUACAGAGAGGUCAUGUGGGAGAACUACACAAAUGUCAUGUCAGUAGGAAACUGGAAAGAGAGCUACAGACUCCAAGAAGAAAGAUUCAGAUAUUUUGAACAUGAACAUCUUUCCUGCUGGCAAGGCUGGAGGAAUGCCAGCACUCAGAUAUAUGAUAAUCAGAAAUAUGUGGAAAUGGUUCAAGGUAUAGAUUCCAAAGACCUAAAGCAGCAACACCUUUCUCACUCUCAAGAAUGGUUAAUACUCUUCACACAAGGACCAGGGUUUGGGAACUAUGAACUGACUUUUGAAGGUAAAAUUCCCAGGAACUUAAAAUAUACGAAGUUUAUACCUUGUCAAUCCUUAGAAACAAAACACACUGAAGACAAUGGUAGAGAAAUCUAUGUGAGUGAUUCACGUGGUUUUCAAGGACGCAGAUACCAUGUUGUCAUAUCCAGGAAAAAUCUCUCUGUGGAAAGAGAACAGAAGCUCAUAGGUCCGCAUUCUUAUAUCCCAGGAGAGGAAGCCCUUCCAGAGUACAUUGGGGAGAUAUGCCAAAAUGACCUGCUGAAAGGCUCUGUGGAAGAGAAAUACUGUGGAUAUAAUAAAUGUAAAGAAAGUAAUUAUUGGAACUCACAGUGUGUUCACAAGAGAAAUCAACUUGGAGAAAAGUUGUAUCCAUGCUCCAUCACCACAGCAUGCUUCACUCAGAGAUUGGACCUAUACAGACAUCCAAGAAUCCACAUAGGUAAGAAGCCGUACAGAUGUAAUGAAGGUGCCAGUAAUUUUAGUCAGAGCUGCGGUGUUCACUUUCAUCAGAGAGUCCACCCAGGGGAGGUACCUUAUAUAUGUAAUGUGUGUAGUAAGAGCUUCAGUCAGAUCUCCAGUCUUCACUGUCAUCAAAGAGUCCACACAGAAGAGAAACUCUAUAGACUGCAGUGUGAUAAGGACCUCGGUAGAAAUUCAUUACUUCACAUUCACCAGAGACUUCACAUUCACCAGAGACUUCACAUAGGAGAGAAGCCUUUUAAGUGUGAUCAGUGUGGUAAGAGUUUUAGUCGGAGUUCAGUACUUCAUGUUCAUCAGAGAGUCCACACAGGAGAGAAACCAUAUAAGUGUGAUGAGUGUGGUAAGGGCUUCAGUCAGAGUUCAAAUCUUCGAAUCCAUCAGUUAGUCCACACAGGAGAAAAGUCCUAUAAAUGUGAUGACUGUGGUAAGGGCUUUACCCAGCGCUCAAAUCUUCAAAUCCAUCAGAGGGUGCAUACAGGAGAGAAGCCUUACAAAUGUGACGACUGUGGGAAGGACUUUAGUCACAGCUCAGAUCUUCGCAUUCAUCAGAGGGUCCAUACAGGGGAGAAGCCCUAUACUUGUCAUGAAUGUGGGAAGGGCUUCAGCAAGAGUUCCAAACUUCACACUCACCAAAGAGUACAUACUGGAGAGAAACCCUAUAAAUGUGAACAGUGUGGGAAGGGCUUCAGUCAGCGUUCUCAUCUUCUCAUUCAUCAGAGAGUCCAUACAGGAGAAAAACCCUAUAAAUGUGAUGAUUGUGGAAAGGGCUUUAGUCACAGCUCAAAUCUUCACAUUCAUCAGAGGGUCCACACAGGAGAGAAGCCUUAUCAAUGUGCUAAGUGUGGUAAGGGUUUCAGCCAUAGCUCAGCUCUUCGAAUUCAUCAAAGAGUCCACAUGGGAGAAAAGAUUCAUAAAUGCCAUGAGUAUUAUAAGGGGUUCGAUCAGAAUUCACAUCUUCACAGUAAUCACAGAAGAAAAACCUUAUAAUUCUGUUCAUUUAGUUAUAACAGCUUUAAUCAAAGCUUCACCUUAAGCCCAGUAAAUGCUGCUGGGAAGAAAAUUCUAUAAAUAACCCAAAUAAUCCCAAGCAACAUUUAUUGUUUCCCCUAAUUCCUACUAAAAAUCAUUUGCUUCAAGAGGAGAUCCUUAGGAGGAUAAUUUAAAUUAAAAUGUAUUUUCUUUUUCUACAAUAAAUAUUAUGCAUAGUCAUUAUAAAAUAUAUAGAAGAGUCAAGAAGAAAACUUUUCAUCCUGUUUCAUUCUAAGCCUUUUUUCCUGUGCAUUUUCAUGUGCAUGAAGUCAUACUGUAUGUUCAAUUUUAUAUUUUCACUGACUUCAAAACAUUUUCUUAUAUUUUGGUUUGAAUUGAAAUUGGCUAGCUAUAAAUGAAAUAGCAUCUUGACUCACCUGUAAAGUCCCUAAGAAGCUACAGAAAAAAAAUGAAAACACACAAAACUUGAAACUAACUGGUAGACAACAAGUUCUCAAAUGUUGAAGAACUAACUAAAGGGCCAGUAAAUUCGGAAAACAAUGUAUGACCCUUAUCCAAGAUAGGGUAUCUUAGAGAUGUUAUUUCUGUCACCCAGAAAACUCAAGAACCAGCUUUUUGUUGCAGGGGUGCUGCACUAUGAGGUUACCAUAAUACACUCUCACCCAUUCCCCUUCCCAGUUUUCCACAUUUAUUCAUAGGUUCAGACACUAGGAGGUGUGGAAAGAUUCUGGUUUUCUAAAAAAAACCAAAGAGGGAAAAUGGCUAAAGACCUCUGCAACAGUAAUUGUCAAAAGACAACAGAAUAACACCUUCAGAAUUGUGAGGCUGAAAAAUGUUAUCGCCCAUAGUUUAUCUUAUCAACUAAAUUGUCUUUUACGUUUGUAGGUAACAAAUUAGAUAAGAAAACAGAAAACAUAUCAAAUAUGUACCUUUCUUAAAGAGAGCUCAAGAAUGUGGAAGUCAUAGUGUAAAAGAACUGGUAACAAACACUAAAAUCAGUUAAACAUGCAGUUAAGUCUUGAAUAAUUGUUAAUUUGUUUACAAAACUUCAAAACUAUUAAAUAGUUGUACAAGAAAAUAUUUAAUAUACAAAUGUUGAGUAUAAAAGCAUUAUAUGUUAAAGUCUGGAUGGGAAAGUAGGGUUAUCAGAUAAAAUCCGGGACACCCAGUUAGGUAUGAUUUUCAGAUAUACAAUGAUAAUUUUUUAGUAUUAAGUAUGUCCCAAAUAUUGCAUGGAACUUAUACUAACAAAUUAUUUGUUCAUAUAAAUUCAAACUUAACAGCACCCUGUGUUUUUAUUUGCUAAAUUUGGCUACCAAAUGAGGGAAGGACAGCAAAAGAAAGUGUGCUACAUCUCUGACCUUAAAUAGCAUGGAUUCAUUACAUUUUCUUCUUGACUUUAACAACUCUAGAAAUAAAGGUCUAAAUAUUUUUUUUACAAAGUUAGAAAUUGCAACUAAAAUAACUAAAAACAUAUUUCUUUCAAAACAGAGAAGAUAAAAGCAAAGAAUAUUCAGUGCCUAUAGCAAAAGACAGAAAACAAAAACAACAUGAAGAUGAUCUAAAAAAUUGGAGAACAUGGAUCAAGAUGAGAGGAAAUCAAAUUUAUCAAAAUAGAUUAAAUCUCCCCUUAAAAAGUUUUGAAAACCCUUGAUUGAAUUAAAAUUUUACUUAUCUGCUAUUACAACAGAAAAGAUUAAAGCAAAAUGAUAUUGGUCAAUUGACCAAUUUUCAGUUGAUUGAUUGAUUGCUCAAUAUUGAUUUAUUGAUAUAAAAGAAUAGGCAAAUGUUUAUUAGGCAAACAAAAGCAUGCCUACAAUAUACUUUUAAAGGUUAAUUUUAAAUGAACUGAUUAAACCCAUUAAGGUGGGUAAUAAUAUAAAAACCAAGUUUCCUAAACUCUUGUAAUAAUCAGAAAAAUACAAUGGGUGCAAAAAAGGGUUUGAAAUACUAAAAGUUCUUUAAAAGGAACAAAUAGCAAAAAUGUAGAAUGAAAAUAAUGAAAAACAAAACAUUUAAUUGAAAAUAAAGGGACUUGUAUAGAGCGGAUGUUCUUAAUUUAUAGAUUUAUUUCCAAUCUCAUCAAAAUCCCAAUGAGAUGUGAAAUUGAAAAAAGUAUUCUAAAGUCUUUUAAGAAAAAUAGAUAUUGGAGAAGAGCAAAGAUAAUUAUAAGAAAGAUUAAUGAGAUUGCCCUAACAUAUAAUAAAUGAUAUAUUGAAGUUAAAAUAUUGAGAACUUGAUUGUACAUUUGAAAAAAUGUUCAGGAUGCUCAGUUAUUACUAAAUAGCUUAAAAAUAAACCAGUAUAUGGAUUACAUAUAUAUAUAUAAAACAUUAAGUAGAUAUGCUUAAAUACUUUACAUAUGAUAAAAGAUUUAUGUAUAGAAGGAUUAUUCAGUAAAUGGUGCUGAGAAAAUUAUUUAACUCUUUCGUGAAAAAUAAAAUUAGGCUUUCGUCUCAUGACCUAUAUCAUAUAUACUGAUCUAAUAUAUAUUGAUUAGAGCACAGGUUUUCAAGCUGUGUUCCAUGAACCUCCAUAUGGUUUCAUGAAGGCUGGUUCAUCAAAAACAAAGCCACAAGUUAACCCCAUCCAUCUUUUCUGAUUCACGUUCAAGAUUGGCACAAGAUUUCUUUCUUUUUUUUCUUUUAGAGGAGGUUCUACCAUUUUAAACAUAAAAUGUUUAAAAUUCACCAAAGUGGGUUUUUCCAUGGUUGAAAACACACAUGCAUUUUUUUGAGAGUUUGAUGAAAUGGAAGAACUCAGAAAAAAUACCUAGGAAUUUGACCACAUUAAAAAAAUUUAAACUAUAGGUUAAGAACAUACGGAAGUCAAGACAACAGGGAAAAUAUUUGCCCUGAUUAGGACAGUUAUGAACUUUUAUAAGUUAAUACAAGAGAUGGACACCAACUUUAAAAAAUGGCAAAGGACGUCAACAGAUUAAAGCAAUGAAAAUACCACUAUCAUUAACAAAAAUUGUAAUAGCUAUUUUUAGUGAGAGUACAGAAUGAUUGAUACUUAUACACUACUUAUGUUGAGGGUAAAUUGACAUGCUUUGGUAAAGCUAUUUGGCCAAUUAUAAGCCUUAAAAUUGUUAUCAUUCUUUGUCCUAUAGUGAUUUCAUAUCUAGUGUAUAUCCUGUGGAAAUAGAGUUACACUCUAUUAGGGUACUUCAUUUUUUUUUUUUUAACAUCUUUAAUGGAGUAUAAUUGCUUUACAUUGUUGUGUUAUUAGGGUAGUUCUAUUUGCAAAGAACAGAGAUCCACUUAAGUUAUUUCAUAUAAAAAUGGAGUUAUAUAACAUGUUUUAAAACCUCACCAAAAAAGAAAAAGAAAACACUAGGACAGAAGCUUCAAUAUGAGAAUUUGCCGUAGAAAGCCAUUAGACAAGGAGGCUACUCUUCCAAGAACUUUUGUUUCUCUUUGGUUAUUCCUCUCUUCUCUACAGACUGACCUCCUGUUUACUCACUCUGUGCAUGCUUAUAAUUGCCACCACAUCCUGGAAUAUAUUGUUUUCAAUUUUAUUGCCCAUCACUAACUUGUAACUUCUGGGUCUCUGUUUAGAUUUCUGAGUAGGGGAAGAUGAUUGGCUCAACUUAUAACUACUACCUCCUGACAAGUCUGAGACCAGGCCAAACUAUAGGCUACCGGUAAGCCUUUGGAUUGGCCUGCUUUGUAUCAGAUGUUCACUCUGGUGCUCUCAGACAUGCCCAGGGAUGAAGUGAUAAGGCAUAUAACAUGGUUGUAAGGGCUGAUGUUCAAAUAGGUUUCUCCAGAAAGUGGUGGGUCUGGGCUAAGCAUUCUGAACCACAUUAGAACACGUACACAGAUAAAUGUUUAAGAUAUUUAUUAUAAUAUUUCUAUGCUGCCCUCCCCCCUAAAUAGGGGAAAAGUCAUAUAAAUUAUGGUUCAUCUACAUGAUGUAAUCUUAUGCAGUCAUUAAAACUUAUAUUUUCCAAGAAUGUUAUAAUAAAAAUAUACUUAUGGUGUUAAAAGUACAAGAUACAGAACUCUAUGGGGUAGGAUUCUAUUUAUAUUUAUACAGAUAUUUCCAUGGGGAAAACAUUGGAUGUAUACAAAAAUGUUAUUAGUGGGUUUCUUUGAGAGGAUCUUUGGUUAUCUUUAUGUUCUUCAUGCUUUUCUGUAUUUUUUAUAUUUUUAUUGGUGUCAUUUAAAAAAAAUAAAAUUUUACAUACAA